AUGAAGAGAGAGACAUUCUUCAACCGAAUCAAGGCGGUCAAAUGGCAUGUCAAACAACAAAUAUACCUAGGUAUUGUGAACUAUCAAUACCACAUGGAUGAAGUUUUCGAGGAUUUUGGUCUGGUAGAGGUUCAAUAUAUGAUUACAUACAUGUACAUUUUGCAAAUCGUUCGCUUUUUUGCUUCCGCGCCCAUUGCUAACGGCAGCAGUGGCCUCGCCUCGCACACAGAUGACGCAACUCUACGGCGUAGGUUUGAAAUAUAUGGGGAGGUGCAGAGCGCUGUUGUGGUGAAAGAUCGCGACACGGGACGUAGUCGGGGAUGCGGAUUCGUCCUUUUUACGCACGAGAGAGACGCCGCGGUGGCACGGCUGACCAUGAACAACGAGGAAAUUUCUAUUGUUGCUGACAAAAUCUCUCUCUCCAUCAGGUUUGAUGGCCGGGUGAUCCGAGUCGACCACGCUUCGAGCCGCCAGGAAAGGCCCGGAGGCGAAGUAUUUCACGGCCGUGGAGGUUAUAGCCAAGCUGAGAUUGGGGGUUACGGAGGAAACUACGGAGGAAACUACGGAGGAAACUACGGAGGAAGCUACGGAGGAAGCUACGGAGGAAGCUACGGAGGAAGCUACGGAGGAAGCUAUGGAGGAAGCUACGGAGGAAGCUACGGAGGGGGUUACAUGAGAGCUGUGCGGCUGGCUAACAGCAGCAUCUCGUCCACGACUCUAUCGAGUGAUGAACCGGUACCCCCUUGGGCCGAGCUUUCAGCCGUGCAAGAAAAUGCUGGACUUCUGGAUCACCGGUACCUUCCUAUGCUAGGAGUAGGCCGGGGUGGUAGCUCUAGGGUCUCUAUCGAGGAGGGCGCGUGGGGCCCAGCUGCUUCUGAGAUCGGCCGGCUUCAAGAAGUGAUCACGUUUGACUGGGAAUUGCCAUCACUGCUCCGGGAAACUCCUUCCAGUGCAAAUGCUGAUGCCAGGAGAGAGUCCGUUCUCGAUGCAAUCACUCUAGUGGCAAAGGGUAAUUCGGUCGAGUUGAUGACCUGCCGGCAGUACCUUGAGGGCUCUCACCCAGACAGGGGGGUCGAGCUAGUGGAGACCUUCAUCAAUGCUCUGAGCUCUCCGGGUUAUGUGUCUGGCAAGGAGGACCCUCAGAUCAAGGACAUCGCGGUGUGGCUGUGUCUGACAUUCCGUACGCCGAGAAACGGGGUCACAGUCAUGGUUUCCACGGGCUCAUUCAACGGUUCGAGGUUCACAAUGGAUGCAACUCAUAUGCUGUCGUCCUCUGCAUGUUGGUCUCGGCUAUUUAAAAACGCAGUCGUCGUCGUAAUGCCUACUAAGGUCUUCCCCUCGAGUUGGCUAUUGAAAUUGAGCUUCGGGGCCUUGCUCCAGCUUGCGGCAGUGGAAUAUCCUGUAGAAAUAGAAUCAGGAUUGGUUCUCAUGGGUUAUUCGACCGCCUUAGUUCCGGUUGAUAUCAACGAUUGCGGCCAGCUCCGAAAAUCCGAACUGCAGGCGACUCAAUGGCCCUGGCUACAGAGAAUAAGGCUGGAAGAACUUCAUACCGCAGAGGCUCUGCUAGGCUGGUGCACAUCGGCACAGGUCCAAUUAGGGACGGACAGCCUCGAGGCCAAUGUGAGCUGGUCGGAUGCCAAGGUCAAGCCCACGACGUGGCGCUGGAAGGGGGCUAAUCUGCAGCUGCUGGCUCAGUCGGCGGCACCCAUCCAGAUCGGGGCCCAGGUUGGGUUUGCGUGGGAGCGCGCUGUCAACACCGUCCGGUUCACGCCGGGAGAAAACUACACACGAUGUCUGGCCAGUAGUAUGCUGGAACAGGCCAUUCUCUACGACGUCAGCGCCCGGCGAGCGUGGCUCGUGCCCCUUCUCUCCAUCUACCAUCACAUGUUAUUGGUCUAUCACUCCAUGAUGUCGCCGCCAGGUGACCGGCGACCGGUUCCCGUCGCGAUACCUUCCAAUGGAUCCGCGAGCUCGUUAGAAAGCCUGCGGGCCAACGGGGCCGUUGUGGUGGAGGGAGUCGGGGAAGACACGCUGACCGUGCGCGAGCUCAUCAUGGGAUUUUCGAUCAACUUUUCUAUGACGUCCCUGCAGCCGCCCAGGGGGUCCCGGAUCUACGGCUAUGAAUUCAUGGACCUGGUGGUAGGAUCUCCACGAAGUGACCUGAAGACCAUCAUGGUGGAGCGACCCGGUCUGGGAUGGGCGCCCCUGUUGAACGAGCUACCCUGUCUUUUUUGCGCGAGGCUGGGAGAUGCAAUCACUAUCCAGACGCUAUGCCGGAAGCAAGGCAGCACCCUCACGAAUGAACCCAGGCGAAUCACACGGGACUAUGUGCUUGCGCUGAGCGGGCAGCCGUUUAUCCGGUGUGUCCACAGUGCUGGGACUUCGUCAUGCUGGGAUCACCCGGAAGGGUUCGUACAGAAGAUUCAGCGCGGUGCAGAUGCGAACAGUGGCGAACAAGCUUGUGGGGAGACUGGCCCUCCUACCCGGGGAGCAGUCGUCUUAGGGAGUGUGGGAGGACAGGGCUUCAGCCGGGCUUAUGAACUUUGGCGAUGA